CCUCACUCUCCUUCCCCCAUCAGGAUUCUGCAACCUCCUCUCUCCCACAGCCUCACUGUCUUCCACAUUCCAAACACUAUAAAAGAGCCCCCCUUCUCUCUCUAUCGCCGUCUUUUCCCGAAUUCGAACCUUCAAGCUUCGCUUUCUAGUGAGUUCCAGUGCUGGAUUGGUCUGAUAGCAUAGAAUCGACGGUUCUGAUUGAUUCUUACAAUUCAAACAAUGCCUCGCGCUUCUAAAAGAAAAGCAGCUCCAUCAACUUCGACUUCUGUCACAUCCUGCGACGUCGUUCCACCGCGUGCCGGUAAAUGUAAAUCAAGAAAGGUGGUAGACCGGAUAGGAAGCCUUUUUGAAUUGUAUGCAAACCAGUCGUUAAACAUGAUUGACCCAGAAGGAAUUGAGGCUCUUUGUUCGGAUUUGGGAGUGGACCAUACUAAUGUUAGAAUACUGAUGCUUGCUUGGAAAAUGAAAGCUGAAAAGCAGGGCUACUUUUCCAGGGACGAGUGGCAAAGAGGCUUGAAAGAGCUACAUGUCGACACUAUUUCUAAAUUAAAGAAAGCACUCCCGGGUUUGGAGAAAGAGUUGAUGACCCCACCCAAAUUUGAAGAUUUUUAUGCAUAUGCAUUUCGAUACUGCUUGACAGAAGAAAGGCAAAAGAGUGUAGACAUUGAGACUGUAUGUGAAUUACUGAAUCUCGUAUUGGGUCCCCUAUACCGUCUCCAGGUUGAUUUAUUAAUUAAGUAUUUGAAGGUCCAAAGUGAGUACAGAGCAUUAAAUAUGGAUCAGUGGUUACAUUUUUACCGUUUUUGCAAGGAGAUAAGUUUUCCGGACCUUCAAAACUAUGAUUCGGAUCAAGCAUGGCCUGUAAUUAUUGAUAAUUUUGUUGAAUGGAUGAGAGACGAGCAAAGCUAAUUUUGGCAUCCUCCUGUUAGUAUACACUGCUGACCUAUAAGAAGGGGUUGGCAAGAAUUCCAGCUAUGGUUUUAACUAACAAACGAUUUGUGCUUGCGUUUUUCUUCUAGGGGGUGGUUUGGAGAGCUGGCUCUCAAGAGAAAUGCUGCAGUUUUUGUGAUGAGAAAAUUUUGCAAGUGUCUAAUUAUAUAAAAAAUGUGUUGCACUCUGUUAAUCUGUUUAUUUUCCACUGCCCGUAUUAUUUAAUUUGUGGUUUUCUUCUCUGAGCUGCUAUGAAUUGCAGCUUCAAUUGAUAAAAUUGUUGCUUAGAAUUCUUUUAUUAUAAAAAGAAUGAUAAUAACCAAUUGCGAUGAGCA